AUGGUUAUCUGUCUCUUCGCUUUAUCUGACGCAGCGCCCAUCCCAGAGCCCAUUCCAAAGCCACAGGAACCUCCUUUCUGCGGCACUCGCCCGCCAGGCUAUCGCCCUCCUCAUUUUUCCGA